AUGGCCGGUCGUCGGGGCCCUCGCAGUGGUGGCGAAGAAGACCUUAAGUAUCGGGGUCUCGACGACAAGGUGGACGAGGGCCCAUGGCGUGAGGGGCCUCUCAUCGUGGCGUGGGGGGCCGAAGAAAUCUACAAGACCACCCAGAAAAGCGGGGCGAUCGGCAAUCCGCUGUGCGUGUACGGAGCCUGGAAGGCCGCUCGUGACCAGGAGGAGUUCCCUGCGGCGUUCGUGAUGCUCUGUGGGAUCCUCGACACACUGCUGCACGUCGAAGGUCGUUCGGUGCUGCAGAUCAUUUGCUCUCACGGCAGAAAUCGGUCGGCCACUUUGGGUGUCGCUUUGUCGGCCGUCUAUGACAUCCCGAUAUGGCUCCCCACCUUUGGGGAUUUGCACACGGAAUGGUGGGCGAUCGCGAGACUGCCGGACGAGGACAUCGAGGACUUGAAGGACAUGGUGGCCGUUCUUCGCCCUCGAAAAGGGCCGUUCAACCACAUGGGUGGGGCCCCAGGUCGUCCGGGUUCUUCGUCGGGCCAAGAUGCGGGGCCAGGAGAUGUGGGGCCAGGUGCAGGCCCAGCUCCGAACCAGGUCCACGUGGAGGCCGAUUAUGGCUUCGGGCGGUACGAUCCCUCGCAGCUCGAGGCGUACAUGCCGAGCCUGGGGAAUCCCGUCGUCGAUGCCGUUCGGUUCGACGUGUGGAAAGUGGCCCCAUCGGUGCUUCUCGAAUUGGACGGCCUGGGCGUCGACAAUGCGGUCGCGAACAUGGCGGGCCACUCGGAGGACGGAGCUCGCUUCGUUCGCGAGCUCUUCCAAGUCUUCCAGCGCGAGAACGAUGCGGACCUUCGGACCUACCGGAACCCGUCGGCCGCCAUCACCUCGGCCUGUCGGAAGGAGAUGGACAGGCUCCGACCCGAGGUCCCGGCAAGUCAAGGUCGUUCGGACGGCGGCGGCGGUUGUCGUUCGGAUGUUCCACAUCCCCGUCAGCCACCCCGGCCAACCUACGACGACUACGAUGCUCGUCGUGCGGAGCCCCGUGGUGGGGCGUUCUACGAGGAUCGCCGAGAAGCUGUGUGUCACCGUCCAUUGUCAGGCUAUCGCCGGGACGAGCCCAUGGACUUUCGUGACCGUGGUCCUCACGAAGCUUGGGCCAACUAUCGGCCCGAAUUCCGCGAUCGCGAGUAUUACGAUCGGCGUGACGAUCGCCGUGACGAUCGCCGUGGCAUCUACUACGACGACCGGGACCGCCUCUCGGACCCUGGCCACCCGGGUCGCCCGCCACCCCGGUGGGUCGAUGAGAACCUCGCCGUCCUCGGUACCACGAUCGCCGCUAGGACGUUCGCCGUUCGCCCACCGGUGCCUUGA